CGUGGGACGAGUAAGGUUUGUUUAGGAAGGAGAAGCGAAAGCUCUGUAGGCCUACGGGCGCUCUCGAAGCAAGUGAAAGGUUUAAAUGGGGGGUUAUCUAGCGAAGGAAAGAAGAGUGUUGGAUCAUGGGGGCAAGCCGACUUCGGUCCCUCUGCCUCCUUUCGCUCUCUUUCGGAGUUAUGCCCAAGAGAAGUGGAUGAGGAUGGUGGAAGCGACGGAGCCGAGCGAUCAAGGUUUAGUUAGACGGAUCUCCUUUAGUAGCCUCCUGGACGGCUUCCUUGUGUUGGACGCUGAGAAAGGAACGUUGUCUAGGCCAGAGGACACCGGUAUAUUCGAAGAAUGGAAUCCUUCGGACGUUAGAAGGAGGAAGGCGUUGAUGGGAUGGGUAGGUAGAACCAGGCAUGAUGAGCUACUUGCGAAUUAUUUAGGAACGCGAAGCUUCUGCUACUUGGAAGAGGAGAAACCUAUCUGGAUAGUGGAGAAGAGUCACUGUCGGAGGGCGAGGGAUAAUUGGUUAUUAGGCCACAUCCUUUGCUUCUCUACCCGCUCAAAACUAAAUGGGAAAAUGAUAGGAAAUCUCGAUUCGACGGAGUUGCAGGAACUUCUGGAGAAGGAUAGGGAGACGAGGAGGAAGAGCCUUGGCGAAAGACGCCGAGGCUUCAUGGCUUUGGGAAUCCUGCUAAUCAUAUCUCCGUCGGAAGAGGCGGAGGGAUCGAUUAGGCACCUUCGGGAGGUGGGGAUGGGUGGCGAGGGUGCGGAGAGCCUCAAAGAGACGGUAAUCAAAGGAGCACUUCAUGAGCAGGGGAGGAGCGCUGGUCUGGUAACCUGGUAUUGUUGCGGAACGGAGGUGUGGGGGAAGGGGGGAGGAAUUCGACAAGGAAGAAAAUGGUCGAUGGUUCCUCAGAUUAGGAGUAGGAGACGAUUCGAAGCGGGGAACUCUCAAGCCUGGGCCGGCAUCAUGGACAAAUUCACUCGAGCUUUUGUCGAAUCCAAGGGAGCUAGGGCAUUGGUAGGGGCAACAGUACUGGUCUAUUGCACAGAACCAGACAAUGACUACUAUCAGACGAAGGUUUUAAAGGUUAUUAAGGAAUCGCCAUCAAAUGUAGAAGAAACCUUCUUCGAGCUCCAAAGACCAGAGGAGAGGGAACCGUUCCCUGCAUCCAUCUACAUCAUGAGACUCAUUCAACCCUCAGAAGGACCGCAGGCUCUCAGAGGCAAGAAAGUCAUUGCUAUUGAAGACGACCGCGACUCAGACUGGGAAGGGAAAGUCUCAGGCAGUAGGAAGAGAAGAAAGCCAAGGUAUUUGCAGCUAGCUCGCCUUAUUCCUUCUUUUGGCUCGGAAUCCGAAAAAGAAGAAGAUCAGGUGGAUAUGAGGGACCUAGCUCGGAGAAUGGAAAAACUCUCUUUGUCUGACGAGUCCAAGAUAAAGAACAUGUUUCAAAAAAUUAUCCAGGAGGUCAGUGCGAAGUGCCCAGCAGCUGGUGAGGAGGUCGAAUCACUACUCCACCUCUACGAAGCCCCGGCCUGGAGUCGCCACAUCGAUCUAAUCGUGAGAGCAAAGAUGAUUCAGCUCAAUUAUAAGCAUUUCGUGACUGGCAAGGAGGAGGCCAGAGCCUUCAUUUGUGACGCCGACGGCCUAGCCCAAAGAUACUGCGACCCUAUCAUACCUUCCCCCGUUAAGAGGUUCCUGCAGAAGACUCAACUGCUGUCGUCUGUUCAAGCACUCCCAAAGAUACUGAAGAGCUGGCAGCAGAGAGAAUACUACGCAGCAACCAGGUAAUCCAACACACCUUCAGGGAGAACCAGCUGUUCCAUGGCCUUUUCCAGUGGUGUACUGCAUAACAAUAUUAACAAAAAAAUUUCAUUCAG